AUGGACGUCCCAAUAUCGAUCGUCGCAGAAAGCAAGGAGCUCCGAGGACUAAACCUCAUCGCCACCCAUUCGCAUGUCAGAGGUCUCGGUGUCGAUCCGGACUCGCUCCAGCCUCUUACAUUAUCAGAGGGUUUAGUGGGCCAGGAGAAGGCCCGGAAGGCCGCAGCGGUAAUUCUGCAGAUGGUCAAAGAAGGCAAGAUGGCUGGCUACGCCGUUCUGAUCGCGGGACCUCCUAGCACAGGAAAGACAGCAAUUGCAAUGGGCAUGGCAUAA